GGGGGUAGGGUGGCAAUGUGGUCGCUAAGGGUGUAUACCCGCAAGAAGCGGGCUGGCCAGAGGCUCAACCUAACCCCGACGCCAGAGCUAGGCCCCACCGUGAAGGCGGAGGCCCCUCCAGGUCCAGACAGAAGGCACUCUGCGCACUGCCUGAAAGGAGAAGCGCCCUGUUUGCCGAAGAUCUCAGAGAAAGCCGAGUGGAGUGGGCGGGGAGUUAGCCGCUCUAGGCCGCCGAGCACUCAGUUAAGAGUUACAGGACAGAAAAGCCUGAGUGGAAAUAGCACUAGUGAAGAGCCCUGGGAUGAGAAGAUUGCUCCAUUGAGUGAGUCAAUGACUGAUGACCUCCAGGUUGACAGUAGUUCAUCGAGUAGUGAGCUAGUAUCAGGACAAAGUUUGCAGCAUGAUAUUUCUAGUUCUCUUCUGAGCUAUUCAUUCACAGACUCUUACACAGAAUGCAAGAGUUUUGAAGAGAGUUUAAGUAGUUUCCCAUCACCUGAACUCUUCAGAGGAUCAGAUUAUUUAGAUUGGAAAUGUCCCAGGUUGGAAGAACAUAUGCAAUGCAAGAAUUCAACUCUUCUGGAUACCAGUAAAGCAAUAGCAAUAGAGAAGGUACCACAGUUUUCAGACCUCUCUGCAAUUUUAGGUCCCUCUUCAGAAGACUAUCAGAAAUGCCAUAGAGAAAUAGUGAUGACAUUAACCGACCAAAAUAUUUCUCAGAAACCAAAGAGUACUUUGCAUUCAGAAUCAGAUAAUGCAGCUUGUGAAGUUUUACUUGCUGAGAAAAUUUACCCUUCAGCACCUGAAAAAACAAAGAAAAAACCUGAAAAAGAUCCUGAACAUACAGAUAAAAAUUUUCAAGCAAAGUUAAGUUCUCGUCAUCUAAAAAUCAAGGUUCCAUCAUCUCACCAGAGAUCUGUUAUUGAAACCAGUGCAGGUGGACCAGUUACCAACGUUCUUUUGCCUCAGUCCAUGGAAUCUGCAUCGAGUACAAAUUCUAGUACUCCUGAUAAGAAAAGCAGAGACCUCUUAACAAGUACUCCAUCUUUGCAAACUGCUGGUUUAGUGAUUGAUUUGUCCUUAGUGCAGAGAGCAUCUUUUGAAGAACUAUUUCCAAAUGUCAGCACUUAUGUUAAUUCAAAUGAAAUUUUUCCAGUGUCAAGUUUGCAAGAAAAUUCUUCAAAUGAGUUUCCUUCAAAUAAAUCAGAAAUAUGUUGUAUUAUUAGAGCAACACCAGGAAAUAGACAAGUGAAAAGUAAAGGUGUUGUUGUAAAGAAGAAGAAAUAUUCUCCACCUAAAGAUAUUCCCCAAGGUACUAUAGUGUGA